AUGCCUAUAUCUCAUGGGCCGGCCGAAGUUGCUGUGUGGCUUGUGUGGUGCUUCGAACAUUGCCUGAAGCCUGAACACCGUGAGGAACACAGAAAGUUGCAGCACCUUGCGGCUAAGUUGGGUUGCAAGUUCGUUUGCCACAAGAAAGCGACGGGCUUUCUCACUUGGCAGGACAAAGAUGGCAGGAAUGGUGCCAAACUGAUCGUCGCAGACUGGCGAGAAACGAAGCCCAUCAUUCAAGGGAUCAGCAAGAGCCAGCAGCCUUGCGACGUCAGCAUGUGUGUGGUCGCACGGUCGCGGAAGAUGCUUUACCAUGCAGCUCUCUUCGCAGACACGCAGAGUGCGGGAGUCGAGAUCUUGGUGACCCCGGGUGUCUCGAGCGAGAGCAUGGAGCAGUUCUUCUCUUCCCACUUGCAGACCGCAUGCAAGACAUCACCAUCCAUGCCUUCGCCCGUGCAGCCCAAGCCCUUUGAGCCUCUUUGCUGGACGUCUCUGCCGAGUCUUCUUCAAGCAGUCAAGGACCCCAAGACAGUUGCCAUGCUGGAGCAGCUCAUUCAGCAAACCAUGUCCUCGCAAGUCUAUGAGGACUGA